GCCGGGUCCGGAAAUUUUGACGCCCUUGGUGGGGCGGGAGCGAGGGAAUUCAUGCCGCAGCUGAACCCCUUUCGACUGGCGAUGGACUGACAUCGGAAAGGGGUUUAACAAGUUCGAAGCUCUGCUACCCAUUGUUCCGAUUUCCAGUUCUACGUUCUUCGCCGCCAUUUUCUUUCUCUCUCUGGUGCAUGAUGGAGGCUGUAAGACUGCGAGUUUCGUUCAAAGACAAGGACCUACUGACCGAGUCGCUCACGGGGUUGAGACGGAGCUGGAUUGUCCUAAAGCCUCAUCUCCGAACUAUUUCCGACCUCUCCUCCUACAUCCUUUCUGUUUUCCAUCUUCAUGAUGCAUGCCCCAACGGUCUCACACUUUCUAUGGAUGGCUUUGUGUUACCUCCAUUUGAGUCGGUUUGUAUUUUGAAGGAUAAGGACAUUGUCAGAGUGAAGAAGAAGAAAAGUAAGGCAAUCAAGGAAUUCAGGGAGAAGAAACUUGUUGAUGAAGGAGUGAAGCUUCUGGCUGACAAGGAGUUUGAAAAUGAACCUGAUGGAUGUGAGAGUGAAUCAGAGGAAGAUGAACCUAAGGCGACUUUGCCGGUGAAAGCUGCGCCUGUAGAAAAAAAAGUGUCCAAGAAAAGAAAAGCUUCGAAUAUAACUCCCAACUCAAAGAGGAAGAAAACUAAAUCUUCCCGUAUUGAAGAAUUUCCAUCUAUCAUAGCUGAUGUUCAGCCCGCUAACAAAAAGCACGAAGAAAGAAAUCAUCUGAAGUCUGACCUCCCACAAAAGGUCGUAGUAAGAAAAAAUGAUUCAUCCAGAAGUUCUAGUGAAUGUCAAUCGCAUUCAUUGAAGAUCAUUGAAAUUGAUGGAAGAAGCAACAAUAUCAUUAAGUCAACUGCCAAUGCAGAGAGGGUUGAUCAGCUUGGAGUUGGUGGGAAAAAAGUUGAGUUGUCCGACACUGCUGGUGAAAAUAAAAAGGGUCCUAGUAGAAGUACUCGCCGUAAGAAGGCAAAAAGGCAAUGGUUGAGGGAAAGAGCUCAAAAUGAAGAGCAACAGCAGCAGUUAUUUGAAACAAGUAUUGAUCAAGGACCUAGUCACAAUGAUGAUGUUGAUAUGGAUGAGGACACUGUUCCUGUGGUAGUUAAGCCAGGACACAUUCGCUUUGAGCCAGUUGGAAAAGUUGCGGCGGAUCCGGCUGGGCAGCAAAAGCAAAACCAUUUCCCUAAGGAAACAUUGCAUUGGAAUGGCAUAACCAACAAGAAGAAGGGUCAAAAAUGGGGCAAGGAGAAAACUCCAUCUUGGAAGAGGAACAAUUCUAACAGUUGUACAGACGAACCUCUUCAGUUACCUACUACUGAAACUGAGCAACCUACAACUCCGGCACCUGUAGUUGGUCCCAUAAAUUUUGAUGAACUUAGACCGUGCACUGGCUUACCUCAGGAAGGUGAUUUAGUUGCAUACCGUUUGAUUGAGUUAUCAUCAACCUGGACACCUGAGAUUUCCUCCUUCCGAGUUGGUAAAGUAGCAUGGUACGACAUUGAAUCCAAUCGGAUUAUGCUAGUACCGGUUCCAGAAUACCCAUUACCUGUCAAAAAGGAGAUAGACGAGGAUUCUGCAUCACAAUUAGAUACAAACCCAUAUGGGGAAGAUGGCUCUUUAAAGAUUGAUUUUGCAUCUCUUGUUGAUCUUCGGCUUAUCGGGCAAGGAAACUUGGAUUCUUCAAGAACUGCGGUUACCCAGGAAAUCACUCCUGCCAAACAAACUGCUGAAAGUUCCAAGCUUGCUCAUAACAACGGAGAUGCCAAUGACACUAAACAAGGUAAUGGGAAAGUAAGUGCAUGGGAUGAAAUCAGCGAUGCUCUGAGUGCGAAGAAAGCCGAACUUUCUAAGGAUGAUGGUUUGAAUCAAGAAGAAAGUUCAGGAUGGAGAUCAUGGUCCUAUAGGGCACUCAGAGGCAGCGCCCUCGGUCCAACAAUGGCUCUCUUAAGAGCUCAGAAUGAACUCUAAGAAAAAUCCCCUGGGUCCAAACAACGUCAAUGUAUAUUUGCUGCUCAGAGGACUCUCAAGUCAAGGUUGUGUAUGUUCGAAUCUGCAGGUGCUAGUUUUCUGUGACUGCUGGCUGCAACUGUCAAGUUCAGACUCAUUUGCGAAAUUUGGAAGUGGCUUUCGUGGUUGGAAUUGGGUAGAGUUUAUAUGCCAGUCCAAUUAGACGUCCAACGAUGGAGCCUCAAUGCAUGUUAUCUGUAGUUUUGUCACAAUGGAAAGCAGCUCUCUCAUAUUAUAUAUAUACACAUCCGAAUUUCGAUAGCUCGAAUGUUGUGAAACUAUUUUAAAUAGACUAAUUAUGAAAUUAUCUUGUUGUGUUUUCAA